AUGGAAAGCAACCAAGUUGGUCGCAGCUCGCUUGCCGCCCAGGGAGUGGAGCGACGGCUCUAUGGUGCAGCGACGGGCGAGUCGGAGACGUGGGUUGCUACAGGAGGAUCAGCAGCAGGUCGAACGGAGGCGUGGCUCUUCGUGGUCCUGGGAGUGGCGGUGGGUCGUCGGCGUCGAGCGGAGACGCGGGUUGCUGCGACGAGCGCUACAGAGCAGGUAUUACAUAAGGAAAGAAGAUUUGGUGAUAUCUACAACAGAAAUUAUUCAAACAACUACGAGAUGGAAUGCAAUAAGAAUUUCAACGCUAGGGAUAAUGAGAGUGCGGCUGAUGCCAAUUGUGCUCCGGCCUCUUCUCGUCCUAUCAAGCCGUCAUUUUGGACACAGUGCAGUGCUUGCCACGUGAAGUUUGAAUACUUAAUCUGCUACUCAAACAAGCGACUUCGCUGCCGCAAUUCCAACUGUCGUAAAACCUUUGUCGCCAUCGAGAUUGCACCUCCACCAAUGGAGGGAAAUGGUUCAUCUCCUUCAAAAGCUUUCUUUGAAGCACAACCAUUUCCAAAUAGAAUGAGAAACUAUGUUUACGCAUUAGUUGGAAGGCAGACUUCUCCAACCAAUGCUGGUUCAACAAGCUUCUCGGGUAUUCAUUUGCCCGAAAAGCUUGCUUCUUCAGAUGGUACAUCAAUUAAAUUUGUGAGUGAUAAAGGUGCCCCUGCUCCUGCAUCAUCUUCUCCUCCCUCGGGCGUGCUUGAGCCUAUAGUUCGGCAUCGGAAGAGGGAUCGUGAGGAGGCAGCAACUACAGUCAAAGAGAGGUGCUCAGGGAUGAUUCAAAGGUUGAAAGCUGGUAGUGGUUCGGUGGGCAUGUCCUCAAAUGUUAAUUCCCUAGAAAAUGAAGGGAUUAAAAAAAGUCAAGUUGGGGAAGGUGGCAUGAAUAAGAAAGUCACAGAGGAUGCUAGCCCUGCCGCAUUUGCAAAUGCAAAGAAGGAAAUUUUUCAGAAGAUCAAUGAGUGGAGUAAUGGAAAGGUGAAGGAGGGGUACGGCGAAGAGCAGAAAGCUCCUCCAAAUGGUGCGAAGACAAUUGCAGUUAAGCAUAAGAAGCCCGUAGAUGGUAAAGACAAAGUUCAUUUGAAAAAGCCUUCCCCUGCCAUUUCUAAUGUUGAAACUGAAGCGGAGAACUUUGUCUUCAAGCAAAUGCUUAUAGCCCCAGAUUUUCAUGAUUUCGACAAUGAUCGGACGGAGGUUUCAUUUGCUAAUAAUCAAGUUUGGGCUGUUUAUGAUGAUGAUGACGGGAUGCCCUGUUACUAUGCUCUGAUCCACAAUGUCAUAACAUUGAAACCGUUCAAGGUGUGCAUUAGUUGGCUUGGUUCCAACAGCAACCAAGAACUUGGCUCUAUACCUUGGGUUAAAUCUGGAUUUGCCAAGACCUGUGGGGAUUUGCAGGGAGAUGUUUGGGCUUUGUACAGUAACUGGACAAAUAAUUGGAAUGAGUCCACCCCAAAUGAAGUGAAACACAGCUAUGACCUGGUUGAAGUGAUUGAAGACAACAACGAGGACCGUGGUAUAACCGUUGCUCCACUCACCAAAGUGAAGAAGGUGCGAAUGCUCAUAUUGGAUGCAGUGAGCUUGAUCCUGCAUCCACAGGGACCUGUUGACACAAUCAACGAGCACUUGUCUGUGUAUACUGGAAAGUCGGAAGGCAAAGAAUUGACAAAAAUGGGGAAACUGAUGGAAAACAAAUGGAUGCCAAGAUAG